UGUUCGAGGUGCCGUUGCAAACAGUCUUGAUCACUUGCCUUUGGAAAUCCAGUCUCGAAUAAAAUUUUAGGCCACAAGAUCGAAGUAAUUUGGCCAGAAGCUUGACGAUAACGGCUGCAUUACUCGCUCGCAUGAUCGUGUGGUCACCCUGGUACUACUAGUUCUUCGCUCAUUCUUAACUCUUACCAGUCUCAUCCAUUCUCGUCUAAGUACAUCCAAACACAACGAAAAAAUGAGCGCCCGUAAUGCGGAACAGUGGUCGCGGGACUGCGAAAAGUUCGCCGCUGACUUGAACGCUCUAAAAUCGUCCAAAGCACCGGAGCCACAAAAGCGACAGCGACUUGCGACGACACUGCGACAUUUGGAGAGACAACUUUAUCAGCACUCUGAGCAACCAGCAGCGUACCAACUCUCCCGUCCAGAGUUACAACGAAGAGGGGAACUAAUAUUUCACUUGCAGUCUGAACUAGAAGCAUUGCAGUCGCCGAGAAGUCGAGGAGGAGGUAGUGUUGGUGCUUUGAGGAAUGGAGGAUGUGAACAAGUCGGCGGCAGCAGUUCCUCCUCUAAUUCAACAGCAGGUCCUGGAGGUGGGACGAGUGAUUUAGGCCAAUACCUACGGAACACAACAGAGUUUCUGCUUGGAGGAGGCGCUUCCUCGUCUUCUACAGGUGGAGGGACUGGGUCACCUAGUAAGGAAUUCGAGAUGCGAGAUCCAACUCUAGCUGGUGGGAGAAGUAACAACUCCUCUCCUGGAGCUGGCGGCGGUCCACCUAGAAGAGACAUCGAAGAAGGUCCUGUAUCGCCACCGAUGCAUCAUAGAGGCCAACAACAAAUGUUCCGAGAACAAGACCAGGGAUUGGAUAUGCUGGCGGGAACGGUAAUUAGUUGGUCUAGCUCUAGCAUCUGCCUCUAAAAUUUUUCAUGAUGUUGAUGUCCUUCGUUUCAUAUUCAGGAUCAAUCAUUCAGGUAUGAUCAUUGAGACAAACGCAAGAAUGAACCAACUACAACUAGGUAUCCAACCUCAAACAUAUCGGCGGCGAGAUAUACAACGAAGUCCAGCAUCAGGAUGGGUUGCUAGAUAGCCUUGGGAACGAGAUGGACGACAGCCAGAACAAGAUAAAGUCCACAGCCCAACUUAUACGAGAAAUCGAUAAGGACGGAUCCUUGUGUUUCUGGUGGGGGCUGAUAAUUGUCCUCUUUGUCUUGAAUGUGAUUGUGGCUGUGUUUCUUUAGCACGCCGCAAAUGAAAAGAUUCAUCCCUUUUCGUGAAUGUUGUAUUCCCAAAAAGCGAGCGACCUACCCGAGUUUGCUAUCGCUAAACCCGAUAAUCAUAUAUGCACCAAGGAGGGACAGGGAGGCCCCCCCCUGUGGAUGGAGCUGUGGCGCAGCACAGUGGUGGAAGAGAACGGCAAAAAGAAAAGGGGGGGACGCGCUCCCGAUCUGUAGGGUACAUAUAUAAACAUUUAUCCCUGGAUAUGUGGAUUGAACGAACAAGAUAGAAGACAUCGCUAGAAC